GAAGCGCGUGUGCGUGGGGCGUAGCUAAGGACGGAAGCUCGGCCGGCACGAUCGCCACCCACCCGAGCCUAACCGGGCUGCGCCUUUUGGGCGCUGCUCCUCGUGGCCCAGCGCCCCAGUCCUUGCCUGCCCUUGCAGUCCCACCCCACGCUCAGCCUUGUGUUCCUCGAGCCGGUCUCCGACUUCCAUUUCCCACCCUAAACCGCCUGCCUGGGUCUGUUCCCGCUCGGUUGUCCUCGCCCUGCUCUGCCGAGGGUCCCCUAUCAGCCUCGACCCCAUGGCGCUGCAGGCGCUGCAGAGCUCUGGGGUGACCUUUCGCAGGAUCCUGUCUCACUUCCCCGAGGAGCUGAGUCUAGCUUUCGCCUACGGCUCUGGGGUGUACCGCCAGGCAGGGCCCAAUUCAGACCAGAAGAAUGCUAUGCUGGACUUUGUGUUCACAGUAGAUGACCCUUUUGCAUGGCAUUCAAAGAACCUGAAGAAAAAUUGGAACCACUAUUCUUUCCUAAAAGUUUUAGGACCCAAGAUGAUCACAUCCAUCCAGAAUAACUAUGGCGCUGGAGUGUACUACAAUUCAUUGAUCACGUGUGAUGGUAGGCUUAUCAAAUAUGGGGUUAUUAGCACUAGUAUUCUGAUUGAAGAUCUCCUCAACUGGAAUCAUUUAUACGUUGCUGGACGACUCCAAAAACCGGUGAAAAUUGUCACAAUGAACGAGGAUAUAACUCUUAGGUCAGCCCUUGAUAGAAAUCUGAAGAGUGCUGUGACCACUGCUUUCCUCAUGCUCCCUGAAAGCUUUUCUGAAGAAGACCUCUUCAUAGAGAUUGCCGGACUCUCCUAUUCAGGUGACUUUCGGAUGCUGGUUGGAGAGGAUAAAACAAAAGUGUUGAAUAUUGUGAAGCCCAAUAUAGCCCACUUUCGAGAGCUGUAUGGCAGCAUACUACAGGAGAAUCCUCAAGUGGUGUAUAAAAGCCAGCAAGGCCGGCUGGAGAUAGAUAAAAGCCCAGAAGGACAGUUCACUCAGCUGAUGACAUUGCCCAAAAGCUUACAGCAACAGAUAAAUCAUAUUAUGGACCCUCCUGGAAAAAACAGAGAUGUGGAAGAAACUUUAUUCCAAGUGGCUCAUGACCCCGACUGUGGAGAUGUGGUGCGACUAGGGCUUUCAGCAAUCGUGAGACCUUCUAGUAUAAGACAGAGCACCAAAGGCAUUUUUACUGCUGUAUUCCGCUGUGUGAAUAUACCACAAUUUAUACUAUAGAUGGAUACUUGGUUUGUUCCUGCUUGGAACUAUUACAAGUCUCUGUCAGGUAUGAAGAAGUCAGUGAUUUAUAGUUCACUAAAACUGCACAAAAUGUGGACAGGGUGGCUGAGGAAAACGUCCUGAUAUUGCUCGCUUUCAUAUAUGAUAUAUAUAGAUAAAUAAAGUGUUUAAUUCUUUUUCACAGAA